GCCUCUACCUUAUGUAAGUGUAUAUGUACCUACUUGUUCUUAUUAUGUGGAAGGUGCCUGGAGCGAGAAGACAAGUACUAUCCUACCCUUCUGCUUCAUUUUUCGUAACACCUCCUUCCCUUGAGCUCGGAUGCUUUGAUGUCACGGGCCUUCGUUACCCAUGAUGGUCGCCGCCGCCCUUCCUCGUUAUUCCUUCGUAUCUCUCAUGCUCUCCAUCCUCGCGGUAACCCCCACGUCAAACGCUGUCAGUCUUUCUCGGACGGUCCCUCCCUCUCGCCCAUAUGAGGGCGCCUCGUAUCUCCAACGGGUGCUUGAUAUCUCGUUUUCCUGGUCGCCGAGGAGGUCGAGGAAUCAUCAAAGCCAAUGGGUUGAUACUCAUCCCAAGCUCCUCGAGAGCCUCCAGAGGUACAACGAGGAGGUUGUGAUACGCUUCAAUGUCUCGACGGGUGCGCAUGAGGCAGCUCUGAGAAAGGCCGUCGAUCAGAUGUUGCUCGAUGUCUGGGGCUUCACUGAUAAUUACGUGGAUAUACGCCUCGAAACUCGCCGUAUACGUCCAUUGAUGGGGAUCUUGCCGGCGUCUCUACAUGACGACCAUUUCAUCCUGAUUCCCGACCUAGCUCGCGUUGCCGCCGCCACCUACCCAUCUAAUGCGCCCACCCACUUGGUUGUCCAAUCCCUCUUGAACGACCGGAGUAUCACUCCCCCACACGAGAUUCCUUUGCCUAAGAGGCGGGGUGUCGACGAUAUUUUUUUCCACAAUUACCAGCCGCUCUCUGUCAUUCACACGUGGAUGAAGCUGCUUGACUCUAUGUUCCGGGGUCGAGGCCUCGUUCAGAUGAUCAGUAUUGGCAAAUCGUACCAGGGGCGCGAUAUACCGGCGUUGAGGGUGGGCAUAGCAUCGGACCGCUCUGCGCUGCGCGGCUCUAGCAGUCUCCGUAGGGAUACCAUUCUCAUUACCGGCGGUACUCAUGCGAGAGAAUGGAUAUCAAUAAGUACGGUGAAUUACGUCGCAUGGUCUUUUAUCAGGUCGAUUGACGAAGAUCCAAUGAUAACGAAGAUUCUCCAACAUUUCGAUAUCGUCUUCGUUCCUGUCCUAAACCCCGACGGGUACCAGUAUACUUGGGAGGCCGAUCGGCUAUGGCGCAAGUCCAGGCAACGGACAAAGAUGCAGUAUUGUCCCGGGCUCGAUUUGGAUCACGCCUUUGGCUACCAGUGGGAUGCCGCCGAACAUCAGAGCGAACCGUGCUCUGAGAGUUAUGGUGGAGAUCAGCCCUUCCAGGCGGUUGAAGCCGCUCAGCUAGCCGACUGGGCCCGGAACGAGGCAGACAACGGCGUCAACUUCGUAGGCUAUCUAGAUCUCCACUCAUACUCCCAGCAGGUCCUAUAUCCUUAUACGUACUCCUGCGCUGCGCAUCCACCCAACAUGGAAAAUCUAGAGGAAGUAGCUAUGAAUUUGGCUAAGCACAUACGGCUUUCCAAUGGAGAAAUCUAUACCGUCGCGUCUGCCUGCGAGGGCGCCGUGGCGAGUGAGGACUCUUCAGGCCAAAGAGUCCGAGUCGAAGCCGGCGGAGGUUCGGCGGUCGACUACAUCUUCCACGAGUUAGGCGCUCGUUAUAGCUACCAGAUCAAGCUACGGGACACUGGGAGCUACGGUUUCCUUCUGCCGAGUGAAUACAUCAUCCCCACCGGUGAGGAAUUGUAUCAGUCGAUGAAGUAUUUCGGUGACUAUCUUUUAGGUAAUAAUGGUCACGAACCAUGGGCCCGUCCCGUCGCCGCUGGAAGCCAGGGCAGGCGGCGGGUCAGAGUAGGCACGAAUGGGAAUGAAGAAAUGGUGGAACUUCGAAAGCAACGAAGAGGAGCCAUUCCUAGUCCGCGUAGGCAGUAAGGACCUUGGAAUCUAUAUGCUUGUUGCCUGCAUUGUUGCGUAGCUUAGCGACCGGUGAUGUGGUCGAAGUGGGUAUUUUCUUGUUGGGAUCUUGACAAUAGAUUACGGGGAAGACAACUAUGUGUGGUUGAUCUCGGGCCAGCGACGUUUUCAUAAAUGAGCUUGGUCUAGGUAUACGUUGAAAUAUACAAAAAUACGUCAGUAUGGACAUACGCACACAAUUUUGGAGUAUCGAGUCCGUAACGGUAUGAGAAGGGGUCGUGAC